AUGUUGUCGCGCGCAUCAACUCGCGCCUUCCACGGGCUGCGCACCGCGCCUGCCCUGCCUGUCCGACGCAUAGCGCCCGUGGCCUCCCCAUCGCAGCGCCUACGGUUCUACGCGAACAAGCCCGGCAAGAGCGACACGUUCAAGCCGAGCAAGGCGAACAACGAUCCCGUCCAUGCCGCUGAGCAGCCCGAGUUCGAUGCAGCCUCCGCACCGGAGCGCAACACAACCUCAUCCGGGCCACAGGGCGAGCCUAUAGAAGAGACCCCGCAGCAGCCGCAGAAGCCUCUGCCUGAUCUGCGGUACGGUAUCCCUUCUACUUUUGGCAAAGAGUUUGGAGGCGAGGCCGCAAGGCCGCAGAAGGGCGAGCAUGAUCCCAACAAUAUCGAAAUGGACCCCGAAAAGGAACCUGGCCCCGGUCGCGAGGGUGGAGAGCUCCCCAAGUCUGCGUACGAAACCAGCACCGAUAGGCGGCGCAACAAGGUCGCCAACUGGUCCUACAUUGCCUUCGCACUCGCCGCGACUACGGGGGGAGCGUACCUGUGCAGGAACUGGGAGAGCGACGAGGAGGAGAAGAAGCAUGCAGACGCCCCUUCGGGCUGGACCCCUACCCUCAUGUACCAGCGCGCGAAGGCUCGUCUCAACGGCGAGAUGAGCUACUACACCGAGCCAACCUUCGCCAAACUCCUUCCAGAUGUCGAGAUGAUGCCUCCUCUGACCCUGGUGUUGAGCUUGGAGGAUCUACUGGUGCAUUCCGAAUGGACGACCAAGCACGGCUGGCGGACAGCAAAGCGUCCUGGUGUUGACUACUUCCUCCGGUAUCUGAGCCAGUACUACGAGCUGGUCAUCUUCACGUCUGCAAAGUCCAUGGACGCCGACCCCAUCAUCCGCAAACUCGAUCCUUACCGCAUCGUCAUGUGGCCGCUCUUCCGUGAGGCCACCCGCUACGAGAAGGGCGAAUAUGUCAAGGACCUUUCGCAUCUGAACCGUGAUCUGUCGAGAACCAUCAUCAUCGAUACCGACCCAUCGCACGUCAAGGCCCAGCCUGAGAACGCUAUCGUGCUUCCGAAGUGGAAAGGUCAACCUGGCGACAAGGGUCUCGUAGCCCUCAUCCCGUUCCUCGAGUACCUUGCCAUGCUUCAGCAGGGCGGUGGCAAUUUCGAUGUGCGGCACGCUCUCAAGUCGAUGGAGGGCAAGGAGAUUCCGGAAGAGUUCGCGCGCCGAGAAGCGAAACUCCGGGCUGAGCACCUCAAGAACUUGGAGGCAGAGAAAGCAAGGAAGGGCAAAAACCUGGGGUCUUUCGUGGGUGCUCUAGGCCUGAAUCAGAAGCAAGGCCAGAUGGUCCUUGCUGACGGGACCAACAUGUCCGAAGGACUGGCACAGGGCAAGAUGAUGAUCGACAUGUUCCGUGACAUUGGCCGGAAGCAGUACGAGACCAUGGACAAAGAGAUUCGCGAGAAUGGCGAGAAGUGGCUCAAGGAGAUGGCCGAAGAAGAGAAGAAGUUCCAGGAGGAGCAAAUGAAAAACAUGAAGACCGGCGCAAUGAGCUGGUUCGGUGGUAGCGCUGCUGCACCUUCGCAACAAGCGCCA